AUGGCUACCAUGCUCUCUUAUUGCCUGCUCUGUACUCUGUUCUCUAUUGUAGCACGAGGCGCUAAAUAUGACCGUAGCACGGCUGUUGGGAAUCAAUCGGACUUCAGUUCCGUAGUCCCGCUUACCAUUUCCAACUGGGGCCUGACAGGGCAGAUUGAAAUAGGAACCCCUGCUCAACACCUCGACGUUCGCUUUGAUCUAGAGACCUCCGCCGUGAUACUAAAUUCGACCGGUCAUUAUAAUAGUUCCGCUUCUACAUCGUUUACAAACAUGGAUCAAAGUCUUUGGAUGGAACUUGACGAUGGCUCUCAGUCUGAACUCUGGCUCGGUAAUGAAACUUUCGAUAUUGGUGGUACAAAUUUUGGCAACGUGCCAUUUUGGCAACUUGGCGAGUUUUCACCCCCAAGAUAUGGUGAUAGUUUGGCUUUCAAUGGGUCAGCUGGCGUCUUUGGUCUGGAUUUUGGUUCAUGGCAGGGUCUGGAGUACCCUAGUUUUAUGUGGACGGUGAAGAAGUAUUUACCAGGAGAAUGGGUAUACACCAUUGAUCUAUACCGCACGUGGAACAACGGCACUUGCAGAUUUGGUUCUAUUGACAGCUCAGAGCAUCAUGGUACCAUCGGCUGGGCAAACAUCGGCUGGGCAACCGAGCUGUUUCAAGCUGUCAACCUCACUAUCAUAUCAGCUGGCAAUAGGACAAGCCCUGAGAACGUUUGGCUUGCUUUUCUUUCUAAUGACUUAUCCCUUGUCUGGCCAAGGGAUGUCCUCGAUUGGUAUUUUAAUGGUACCGGUGCCACCUGGUCUUCAAAUGAUCAAACAUACCGAUAUCCAUGUAAUAUCACGUUACCUGACGUUACUUUUGGCUUCGGAAAUGGAACAUUUAGGAUUCCCGGCUCAUAUCUGCCCUACCAACGUGAUGCGAACAGUAAGGCCUUUGACCGCCCCGGCAAUAACGUUGUCCUGCCUUUCUUCUAUUACUAUGGUUGA